GCGAAAGAAACGGAAAACGAUCAAUACAGAAAUGUACCAUUAUCUCGGAGUAGCAGCUCAUCCAGUACAUCACAUAUCAAUAAUAGUUUAUCGGAUCUUCAAUUAUUUCCUGAAACUGGCAAUUUCACUUUAGAAUCAAACGUAGAUUUAACAUCAAGUGAGAUUGCUGAUGAAUCAAACAUUCAAAUCGAGGAUAACCCUGAUGCACUCCUGUACGAAUUAAACGAAGUAUAUAAUGUUAUUUCAAGGCAGUUUGGACAAGCGACAGCGUUUAACGAGCCAGUUAAUUAUACCUUCGAAAUCGAGUUGGAUGCAGAGCUAAUGGACAUCGCUUCAAGCAUCCCACAAUUAGCUGACGAUAGAAAAGCGAUUAAAGACAAGUUCCGUGAACUUUUCAAAUUUCUCAUUUGGCCGAUUGAAUCAGCUUCUGGUUACUAUUGGGAAAUACACAACAUAUAUUUAUGUACAAGACAUAAGCAGUUAACGCAUUCCACCAAAAUGUAUCUUGGAUGCACGAUGCAGGAGGAUCGAGCGUGGCAGCGACCAGAGGAUCAGCCUGUCAAAAGGCGGAGUGAGACUCGCGCACCUAUUCAGAGAUACGAUUGUGCUGGGA